AUGUCGAUCCACAAGUAUAUAGACUCAUUACAUAAAGAUGAAAUCAGAUAUGAACUCGCCAUUAUUGAUGUUUCCAGCACAGACGAAAAUGUAACCACCGAUGCAUUGAGGAAGCAGAUCCGCCAGGUGUACAAACUCGCACGCCGUGGAAGCAUGAAGUGUGAACCACUCCAGUCACCCAGUAUAGCCUCUGAACUAGAGAUCUGCACCCCAAAGGUCGAACUUCUGGAAUCCCAGCUGCAGGCGGGUAAAGUAGAUGAUCGCAAUUUGACUCUUAAACUGUCUCGUCGUGCAAAUUAUUUGAUGGAUAGGCUGGCUCGUAUCUCUGAAAGUAGUUCGCAUUUGUCAGAUCUUCGUAGUCGUUUGAUUCGCAUUUUGAGUGUCAUAGACGGUGAAGAUAGCGACACGGAUAGUGAAUACAAGGAAACCCAGGCACAGCCGUCUAACCAGAAAGUGGAAAGUAACGUGAUCUAUGUGAAAGAUAAACCCUUGAACCUAAAUACAUUUAACUUAAAAUUUGACGGAACCACGUGUGUUCGUGUAUUUAUUGAACGUCUUGAGGACUAA